AUGGACGUUGAAUGCCAAUGCGGCGCAGUCACAUUCAAGACUCCAGCACCAGAGCCCCUCGACAUAUACUGCUGCCACUGCUCGCAAUGCCGCAAGCAAUCCGCGUCCGCAUUCGGUACCUCGGCCAUCUUCCCCGCCGAGGGCCUCUUCCCCCUCUCUGCGCAUCUUGAAUCGAAGCUCCAGGUCUGGACUCGUCCCACAAAGGGCGGCGGGCACAUGGACUGCUACUUUUGCCGGGUGUGCGGGUCGCGCGUCUUUCAUCGCGCGCACGACGAGAAUGGAACGCCGAAAUCGACGGUCAGCAUCAAGGGAGGACUCAUUGUCGGACUCAAGAUGGACGGCGGGAAACAUAUUUGGACGGGCGGCGCCGUCGUGAGGAUUUCUGAUGAUGCUGAGAGGUACGAGGAAUCACCGCCUGCAACUCCCGACAGCGGCAAGAUUUGA